UGCGCGUCUAGAACGGUCGUGUCACAGUCUUCCCUCCACUUCACUCGCGCCCGCUCCCGAUAUCAUAAACGAAAGAUAAUUAACAAAGCUACAUUACGUGUGUUCUGUGCCCCGAACUGGAUUUGGACGUGACUGUGCCAUUAUUAAAAGGCAUUUUUCGUUGAUUUAUUCGGUUUUCAGUUGUAGUGGCUGUCGUGUUUUUUCGCUGAAUGGACGUUAACUGAAAAAAACUCAUUUGUACAUGAAUAAAAGGAUAUGCGCUGGAGAAAGUUUAGAGACUUGCACUCAUGAUUGGACGUAACGGCACAUCAUAACAGCAACCCGAGCUGCCUACACUUAGGUCCGGCGGAGUACGCAUGAGAUGUUAUGGGCCCGCGCGGCGUAGCGAAGUGGCGUUGGUGGGUGGUGGUGGUGGCAUGGGCGUGGGGCGCGGCGGCGCGCACGCUGUGCCCGGCGCGCUGCGCCUGCGACGAUGCGCUGCGCACCGCCUCCUGUGCCAACGCCAGCCUCGAGAUCGUUCCGAUACAGCUCAACCCAGAGGCUACCCACAUCAACCUUACGCACAACUCCAUCAACAAUCUUCUCUACACCUUCGCUUUCUACACACAAAUCACCAUCCUAGAUAUCUCCUACAACAGAUUACAGGACUUAGGUAGUAAGAACUUUGAAAGCAAUAUGGAGAUGACACAACUGAAUGUCAGCCAUAAUAGACUGAAGCGACUAGAAAGGGACACCUUCGUCGGCUUGAGGAAACUGAUCGACUUGAACUUGUCAGAUAAUGAAAUACGUAAUGUACACGCACAAACAUUUCAAGAUUUAUCUAUGUUGGAGAGACUCGAUUUGUCAAACAACGGACUGGAGAGCUUCGAUCCGGACACUUUUGAACCCCUGUCAUCGUUGAAGAUGUUAUCGCUCAAGAAUAAUUCUAUAUUAGACAUACCAUCUAUCAAUUUGUUCUACGUUGUUAAGUUACAAUACUUAGAUUUAUCUGAGAAUCUCAUUCAACAAGUGUCCAAGCAUGGUAUGCCAGAUCUAAAAGAAUUGAGCCAUUUAGACUUAAAUAGUAACAUAAUUGGCAAUGUAGAUCCAUUAGGAUUCCGAAACUUACCCGCACUUCGGCACUUGGACCUAAGCGACAAUAACAUGACAACGAUACCCACAUCUGCUCUUUCCAAACUAGUAAACUUGUCGCAUUUGUACCUCAGUGGGAACUUUUUCCAGAGCGUUCCACCCUUAUCUUUCCAAAACCUUUUUCAUCUGAAACACUUACAUCUGAGCAGGCUUUAUGAGCUCAAAACGAUUGAUUCGAGGGCAUUUGUUGACAACAUAAAUCUGCAGAAAAUUUGGAUGAAUGAAAACGUGAAGAUGAGCGAGGUCCCACCGAGAUUGUUUCACGGAAACCCGAAACUCACGCAUGUGUAUAUGAAGAACAAUGCCCUAGAGACACUAGAAGCGUCACAUUUCCCAAUCGACAGGCUACAAGAACUGGAGAUAUCUGGAAAUCUAUUUGUCUGUAAUUGCUCAUUGUUGUGGUUGUGGAAACUGGGAACGGAGUGCGAAGUUAGUAGCAAAAAGUCGGGCAAUACGAGUGCUAUGCUUACGCUGGAUUAUGAACAAAUCAAGUGCGCAGGCCCGGAGCCUUUGAAGGGUGUUUUAUUUGUACAGAUUCCUGAAUCUGAAUUUGGGUGCUCAAGCGGAUGGGUGAUAGUGGCAGUUGUGGUGCUGAUUGUGAGUAUCAUUAUAAGCGUCGUGGGAGGUGUUUUAUACUUUUUGGGACCUUUGAAAAAGUGCAAAGGGGACAAGUCAAAGCAGGUUAUGACAAGUGUAAUGUUAAACGGUGAUGUGUCAAAGUUAAGUAAUGGACUUGGUUAUUCAACGAGGAGUAGGGAACAAGAUAAUAAGAGGGACACUGAUCGGUAUCUGAUGAUCGGUUCCUCAGUGACUAAUAACUUCCAUUCAUUGAAUCCACCGUGGCAUAGUGUGGAUAAGAAUCCAUAUUUCCAAGAAGAUAGUGAGGAGCAUAUUUAUCAACAAUUUGCUUACGAAACGAUCCCUCACCAUCGAACCCCCGAGAAGCCGCACAUAGUGUAUGUUUAACAAAAGUUUAUUGCAAAGGACAAUAUUAUCACCAAAAUAUUUUCUUUGCUACGUCGGGACGUAAUCAGUGAUACCGUGUAUUAUCGUCACGAAGACGAGAGACAAUGAAUUUGCAAUAUUGUAAAUAGUGAUACGACUAAAAUUGUAAGAUGUGAUAGCUUUGUAAAUAGACGUGUAAAUAGUUAAUUUAGCAGUGCAGAUAAAGACAUUAACCUCGUUUUUGUACUUAACUCCUUUAGUCAUGUUAAUCCUAAAUCCAAUUUAAAUAUGCCUACCCAAAAUAGAGUAAACUCUAUGUCCUUGUUUUGUUUUGUAUGGAUAGUUCCUCAGGAUUGGAUACUCGAUUCAUUGUUAAGUGCGUUACAAAUUGUUUGAGAUAUUCAAUGCUAAAUAAAUAUUUACUCAUAAUUAUGUAAUUGUAUAGUAUAUUAAUAAUAGUUAUAUUUUCUGAAUAGAACACCAAUAGGUACUUGAAACUUUGUACAAAGACGAGCAAUAUAGAGUAAUAAUAAUUUCAAAUAAUAUCAGAAUAGUAAUAAAUUUGUUAAUUUAUCUUGCUACAUUGUUAUAGCGUAUUUAGUUGUAAAAUAGAGCGAGAUCGUUCAAGUCAUCCAUGUGCUUAACACAUACAUAGCCUAAAGAAGUAUAUAAUAUACAUUUAUCAAUCAACCAGCUGCUCUGAUGAAAAGGGGUACAAAAUAAAGAUACAUUUAAUUGGCUAUUUUUGUAAAUUAAUUUCAUAAAAGACUUAUUUAGUGCAUUUUUUCUCUUAAUAGAUCUUGAAUUAAUAUUUUUGUACUUAGUGAAUAUGUCAAAUGAUCUAGCUGGAAGUAAUAUCUUUGCAUUUUCAUAAUGAUACACAUUAUUCUAUGAAUUUUACAAAUACGAGUAUUAUAAACUUCAUAACCAAGAAACAAAAUACCUAUUCAAUCGAUAGUACCUACCGUCAUAUAGAUAGAGUAAGGCUAUUUAUACAUACAUACGGAAUACAUAAAACUUUUGUUAUGAAACUUAUUUAAAUAUUAUAAACAAACAAGAAAUAAAAAAUUAAAUAAACUGAUUUGUUUUC